AGGAGCGAGAGUGAACGUGCGCGCGCAGUGUGUGUGUGUGUGUGUGUGUGUGUGUUGGGCUCGGGAUCCUCCUCCUCCUCCUCCUCCUCAGUGUGUGUGAAGCGAUGAUUAUCUUCAGGCGGUGACCUUCACUCGUCCUUGCAGGAACAGAGACUCCGCGUGUUCUACAGUGUUACCCGGCGGCCAUGUCGUCUCCCUCAGCCGAAAGCUUGCAGUCCGUUCAGGAGUGGCUCGGAGCGCUCCGCCUCGAUCAGUACGGUCCGGCCUUCCAGGAGACUGGCCUCAGCACCGCGUGGGAAUGCCGGCAUCUGACCUCCUGUCAGUUGGAGCGCAUGGGCGUGGCUUUGCCGGGCCACCGGAAGCGCAUCCUGGGGAGCCUGCAGAAGCUCUUCCCUUUAGAACAAGGGAUUACUGUAGAGGAAGAGGACGAGGGGCCGAGGCCUGUUCCGAUGGUCCGGACGAAAUUCCGUGCGUCUGCAGGGACCGAUCCGGAGCUGAAUGGCCCGCGCGCUGUUGGACCGAGAGACCAGAAACCGAACAUUCCCUCUACUAAUUCGGCAAUUCUCAAAAAAGGUCCGCCUCCGAUCCCGCCUCGGGCGACUCAGAAUUGCCCACCGGUGCCGUUCUCGACCGUUUCCGUUACCGUGGCGAUGACCGGGGUCGUGUCCGUGACCCCUAGUGAUCCCACACCGGUACCUGUGACCAACCCGACUCCAGUUCCUGUUCGGCCCCAGCCGCGAAACUUGCCUUUUGCGCCGAGGCAGCAAACUAGAGACCAGAAGCCGUCACCUGCCUCACCAUCACCUGCCUCACCAUCACCUGCCUCACCAUCACCUGUCUCACCAUCACCUGUCUCACCAUCACAUGCCGCCUCCUCCUCCUCCUCCUUGACAGAACAGUUCCACCUGUAUGAGCAGUGUUCUCCAGGUCAUGCUGAACCCGGCGUUCCUCCUCUCCCUCCAAAGUCGUACGCUGUCGUCACCCCCAGAGAGUCGAAACCCUCGCUGCCCUCCAGACCCUCCCGGAGACCCGCCAUACCCCCCCGCACCACGGCAAACGCCACUAAAGUCACUCCGCCCCCCAGGAGCCCAGCAGUGCCCAGCUCGUCUUUAGCUGAUGAUUUCUGUGGUCUGGACGUCACAACCCAAAUAAAGCCGUGUGUCGACCCCUCUCAGCUAGCGGUGAAGUUAGCGCCCUGUAACAAACGGUUGGACUCUACAGGCAGUUCAGACAGCUAUGAGGAGCUCGACACCACGAAGAGUGCAGACAGCGAUCCUCUAGAGAUGACAGAUAAGAGCAUGUUCCUGCCGCUCCCUCGUGUCCGUCAGUCUCGUCACAGCAGCCUGUACAGCGACGACGAGCUCCUGGAUGAAGAGGAGGAUUCUGGGACGGAAAAACGGCACUCGUGGUGCGAUAAUUACAGACAACUCUCCAGUAGCCAGAACAGCAUCUACCUGCCCCCUACAGGACAGCUGUUAACCCCGCCUACCAGAUGUGACUCCACCCCCCAACUCAGUCCGGUCAUCAAGAUGGGUUGGCUGGACAAGAACCCUCCUCAGGGGUCUCUGAUCUAUCAGCGGCGUUGGGUCAAACUGGACGCAGAUUACCUGCGAUACUUCGACAGUGACAAGGACAUUUACUCGAAGCGGAUCAUACCCACCUCCUCCAUCUCCACAGUGAGCAGUAUUGGAGAUCAGAAGUUUGUGGUGGUCACUCACAAUCGCACCUUCCUGUUCCGGGCCGAGAGCGACUCGGAGAGGAAUGAAUGGCUGUCGGUGCUGCACGACAUCGUCGGUGCGUCUCGCCCAAAGGCGAACUCCGAGUUGACCUUUAACCCCUUGGUGACCUCAGAGAUGAGGGGUUACCUGGAGCUCCGAGGCCUGCGCUCUAAACUCUACACUGUGGUGUGUGGAGACAAAGUGUUCCUGUACAAAAACGCUGAGGACUAUAAGCUGGGUAUCGGGAUCACGGCUAUAGACAUGAAUGUGGGGAAUGUGAAGGACAUGGACAGGAGAGCCUUCGACCUGACCACACCCUACCGCAUAUUCAGUUUUGUGGCUGAAACUGAAGAGCUGAAGGAGCAGUGGGUGGAGGCCAUGCGGAACUCCAUCGCAGAGGCUCUGUCUAACUAUGAGUUUGCGGAGAGGAUAUGGGCGGAGCCAGCCAAUCAGAAAUGCGCGGACUGCAGCGCCACCAAACCCGAGUGGGCAGCUAUAAAUCUGGGCGUGGUCUUCUGCAAGAGCUGUGCAGGAGAACACCGCAGUCUGGGUCCGAGCAUAUCAAAAGUACGGAGUCUGAAGAUGGACAGAAAGGUGUGGACUAAUGAUUUAAUCCAGCUUUUCCUGGAGCUGGGCAACGAGCGAGCCAAUCAGUUUUGGGCAGCGAACAUCCCCCCCAGCGAGGCCCUGUCGCCCCUCAGCAGCAGCGACCAGCGCCGCCGCUUCAUCACCGCCAAGUACCGCCAGGGCAAAUACCGCCGCUACCACCCCCUGUUCGGCAACCAGAAGGAGCUCGACAACGCGUUGUGUAUUAACGUGCAGUCUAACGAUGUGUGUGAGACGCUCGCCCUGAUCUUCUGCGGUGCCGAUGUGAACUGUGACACAGAUAACCCAGAAUUCCCCUCCCCCAUCUCCUUGGCCCUGCACCACAACCAGAACCUGCAGGUGGAGCUCCUCACUCAGAACCGCAACAUAGAGAUCCCGAGGUCAGAGACCAAACUGGCCAUUCACACAGAGCACUACAUGGCUCCGCCUUCCAUCAUACACAACGGCUUCCUUUAUAAGACCGCCUCCAUGGCUCGUCCAAUCACAGAGCGGAAGAAUAAAGAAGAGUUCAGUAGGAGGUGGUGUGUGCUGAACGACGGACAUUUUAGUUAUUAUGAAAGUGAUAAGAACGCCACACCAAACGGAGGACUGAAGAUGAAAGAGAUCGUCUGUCUGGCUGUCAGUCCUCCAGAGACACACGGGUACGAUCACUCGUUUGAGAUUUACUCGGAUGCGGAGCGUCUCUACCUGUUUGGGACGGACAAUCCCGACUCCAUGAAGGAGUGGGUCAAGUCCAUCGCCAAGUCGUUUAUCCCUGCGUGUGCUGAAGACCUGCUACAGAAGGAUUUCGAGCGGAUCGGGCGUCUGCGCUAUAAAGACCCUCUGAACCUGGAGAGCUGGAGGCUGGGCUGGUUCUGUCUCGAGGCGUCCACGCUGCACGUGCGUCUGGAGGACUGUCAGAGCCGCGAGAGCAUCCAGCUGCAGAAACUUCUGGAACUUUCGAGGGAUAAUGAAGUGCUGGUGCUGGUGGAGCGCGGCAGGACUCUGUACAUCGAGGGAGAGAGAAAGUUGGAUUUUCACGGCUGGGCGUCGGCCAUCCAGAGGGCUGCUGGGAGUUCAGGAGACACACUGAGCCAGCAGCAGCUGACUGAGGCCGAUAUCCCGCUGAUAGUGGAGCGCUGCAUACAUUACGUCACGCAGUACGGUCUGACGUCAGAGGGGAUUUACCGUAAGAGUGGAGUGAACAGUAGGAUCGCCGCCCUGCUGGACUCCUUCAGGAACGACGCCCGCUCCGUGUGGCUGAAGGAGGGGGAGCACCAAGUGGACGACGUCUCCAACGUCCUCAAGAGGUUCUUUAGGGACAUCAGGGAGGGACUGUUCGGCCCGCAGUCACACAACUGGCUCAGCACUACGGCUCUCGCAGAUGAAGGCAUGAAGAUCUCUCAGUAUCAGCUUCUUUUUGAAAAUCUGCCUCGUGUUAACAAAGCCACACUACGCACACUGGUCAAUCACUUAUACUGCGUGCAGCGGUUUUCAGACAUGAACCAAAUGAACCUUCACAACCUGGCGAUAGUUUUCGGGCCGACGCUGUUCCAGACGGACGGUCAGGACUAUAACGCGGGCCGCGUGGUGGAGGACCUCAUACAGCACUACAUCGCCAUUUUCAGUGUUGAUGAACAGCAGUUAAAGAGACAGCUUGAUGAGAUCACCUACAUCAUUAAGCUCAGAGAUAACCUCAACCCCAAAACAGGACCGGCCAGUGGUGAUUUUAUCUGUACAGUGUAUCUGGAGGAGAAGAAGGAGACAGCGGAACAACAUGUGAAGAUCCCAGCCACGAUGACGGCAGCUGAGCUCACCUUCGAGAUCCUGGACCGCAGGAAGAUCAGCAUCAAGGAGAAGGACUACUGGUGCUGCUUCGAGGUCAAUGAGAAAGAGGAGACAGAGCGUCCUCUGCACUAUCAGGAGCGAGUGUUGCCGAUUCUGCACAGUUUGGGGACAGACAGUCACCUGCUCAUCAAGAAGCACUAUGCCAUGGAGGCCAUGCUCAUCUACCUGGCCAGUAAAGUGGACGUGACUAAACACGGCAUGCUGAAGUUUAAAGAGGAGCGCAGUCUGCUGGGUCUGAGUACAGGAAGCUUCAACGAUCGAUACUUCAUGCUCAGCCAGACCUCACUACGACUCUACAAAGACGUCCGGAGUAAUCGGGCGGAGAAGGAGUGGCCUGUAAAGUGUCUGAAAGUCUAUCAGGGGAUAAAGAAGAAGCUCCGCCCACCAACAUGUUGGGGUCUGACCCUGGUGUAUGAAAGUGAGAAGCCUGAGAAACAGGACAAGCAGCAGUGGUAUCUGUGCUGUGACACUCAGACUGAGAUGAGAGAGUGGGUCGCUACGUUUCUCAGUAUACAGCAUGCAGGUCUGCUGUGGCCAGCAGAGUGGUUAAAGUCCCGUCCCGUCCCUCGGUCCUCCCCCCCGCUGGACUCUCGUCUCGGUAGUGUGUCGCUAAUUCCUCUGCGCGGUACUGAGAGUGAGAUGAGGAACAGUGUGGCUGCUUUCUCCGUCGAUCCCCUCGCCCUCUUCCGAAACCUGUGAUGCUGCAGUGACUCUGCCUGAGAAGAUGAAGAACAUUCCAGAACACAUGAACCAAUCAGACGCUGGAUUCAGUCUAGACGUGGUGGAAGGAUCCUGAUAUCGAUGUUUACCCCACAUGUGACCCUCUGGAAAGUUCCCCAGCUGUUCUUAGAGACUUUGUAGACUUUAAACCCAGAACCUUUUGUUGUCGUGAGUUCCUGCGGCUGCACCGUGGGACACGUCCUUGUGGAAAGUUCUCCUGGAUAUCGUAAGUGUUGGGUGGGCCAAUGUGAAGUUUCCUGACUCGGUGGAGCGUGGGCCGUGUCGCGCUGUGUGAGAGACGAGCGGUCGUUACACCACUUUUAAUUUUAAUCCCAUUUAACUCUGGACAGAAGUUUAAUCCACAAUAAAACACUCGAUAGCUGCAGGACAAGCUGUAAGGACUCAUUAACCUCUCAUCAUUAACAUCUCUCUCUCUCUCUUUCUCUCUCUGUAUUCCUGUCUCUUCACAUUAAUCCUUUGUUUAUUAAAUUAUUUAUUUUAAUUUUUGGUUCACAGCAGUUUCCUAAAAUCACACGUUCUGAGACAUCUGAUUUUUGUACUUCACAUUCCUCCACUGCUUCAUUUCCAUGUUUGUAUUUUAUCUGUUACAGAAAGUGUAAUUAGUUUUACUUAAUGUAAAUUGAUUGAAUUAAAAGUUAUUAUAUAGUCUUAUUAUAUUUUAAAAAUGAAAGAAUGAAUGAAUGCACAGUCCUUGUACACAUAGUGUGUAUAUAAUUUCUAUAAUAUAACAAGAUUUAAAAAUAAAACAGACGACUGUAAGGUG